CUGGGCCCGCCCCCAACCCUCCUGGCGGCCCGCCAGCGCGCCUCACGGCUCCCGUCUCUCCUCUCCCUCCUCCUCUCUCACUCCUAGCGCAAUGGCGGCGACUGCCGCGGAGCAGCAACAGUUCUACCUGCUCCUGGGAAACCUGCUCAGCCCCGACAAUGUGGUCCGGAAACAGGCAGAGGAAACCUAUGAGAAUAUCCCAGGCCAGUCAAAGAUCACAUUCCUCUUACAAGCCAUCAGAAACACAACCGCUGCUGAGGAGGCUAGACAAAUGGCUGCUGUUCUUCUAAGACGUCUUUUGUCCUCUGCAUUUGAUGAAGUCUAUCCAACUCUUCCUUCUGAUGUUCAGACUGCCAUCAAGAGUGAACUACUGAUGAUUAUUCAAAUGGAAACACAGUCUAGCAUGAGGAAAAAAAUUUGUGAUAUUGCUGCAGAGCUAGCCAGGAAUUUAAUAGAUGAGGAUGGCAACAACCAGUGGCCAGAAGGUCUGAAGUUCCUUUUUGAUUCAGUCAGCUCUCAAAAUAUGGGACUGCAGGAAGCUGCCCUUCACAUUUUCUGGAACUUCCCUGGAAUUUUUGGGAACCAACAGCAGCACUAUAUAGAUGUUAUCAAAUGGAUGUUAGUUCAGUAUAUGGAAGAUCAAGAACAUCCGUCGAUCAGGACAUUGUCUGCUAGAGCUACAGCUGCAUUUAUACUUGCAAAUGAACAUAAUGUUGUUCUCUUCAAACAUUUUGCAGACUUGUUACCUGGUUUCUUACAGGCUGUAAAUGACUCAUGCUACCAGAAUGAUGAUUCAGUCUUAAAAUCCAUUGUUGAGAUUGCAGAUACUGUUCCAAAAUAUUUGUGUCCUCACUUGGAAGCAACUCUGCAGUUAAGUCUGAAGUUGUGUGGAGACACUAGCCUCAAUAAUAUGCAAUGCCAACUUGCCCUUAAAGUAAUCGUGACUCUCUCUGAGACUGCAGCUGCGUUACGAAAACAUACCAAUAUUGUUGCACAGACUAUUCCUCAGAUGUUAGCAAUGAUGGUUGAUCUUGAAGAGGAUGAGGACUGGGCGAAUGCGGAUGAGUUAGAAGAUGAUGACUUUGACAGCAAUGCAGUGGCUGGUGAGAGUGCAUUAGACCGAAUGGCUUGUGGACUUGGUGGGAAGCUCGUUCUACCGAUGAUCGAGGAACACAUUAUGCAGAUGCUUCAAAAUGCUGACUGGAAAUAUCGGCAUGCAGGGUUAAUGGCAUUAUCUGCCAUUGGGGAAGGAUGCCACCAGCAAAUGGAAGGAAUUCUAAAUGAGAUAGUAAAUUUUGUUUUGCUUUUUCUUCAGGAUUCUCAUCCAAGAGUAAGGUAUGCAGCCUGUAAUGCUGUGGGACAGAUGGCUACAGAUUUUGCACCUGGUUUCCAAAAGAAAUUCCAUGAGAAGGUGAUUGCAGCGUUGCUGUAGACCAUGGAAGACCAAGGAAACCAGUGGGUGCAGGCCCAUGCGGCUGCUGCACUCAUUAACUUCACUGAGGACUGAUCCAAGUCACUGCUUAUUCCAUACUUAGAAAAUUUGGUGAAACAUCUGCACUCCAUCAUGGUACUUAAACUUCAAGAGUUGAUUCAGAAAGGCACCAAGUUAGUUUUGGAACAAGUUGUGACGUCUAUUGCAUGAGUUGCAGAUACUGCAGAGGAAAAAUUUGUCCCCUACUAUGAUUUAUUUAUGCCAUCACUAAAGCACAUUGUUGAGAAUGCAGUUCAAAAGGAACUCAGACUUCUCAGAGGAAAAACUAUUGAGUGCAUCAGCCUCAUUGGUCUGGCUGUUGGGAAGGAAAAAUUCAUGCAAGACGCAUCCGAAGUGAUGCAGCUGUUGCUGAAGACCCAGACAGACUUCAGUGAUAUGGAAGAUGAUGACCCUCAGAUCUCUUACAUGAUCUCAGCAUGGGCCAGAAUGUGCAAAAUCCUUGGAAAAGAAUUUCAGCAGUACCUUCCAGUGGUUAUGGGGCCUUUAAUGAAGACAGCUUCAAUUAAGCCUGAAGUAGCCCUUUUGGAUACUCAAGACAUGGAGAAUAUGAGUGAUGAUGAUGGCUGGGAAUUUGUGAAUCUUGGAGAUCAGCAAAGUUUUGGUAUUAAAACUGCUGGACUGGAAGAAAAAUCAACUGCUUGUCAGAUGCUGGUUUGCUAUGCUAAAGAGCUAAAGGAAGGCUUUGUGGAAUAUACAGAACAAGUUGUCAAAUUGAUGGUCCCUCUACUGAAAUUUUAUUUUCAUGACGGUGUUCGAGUGGCAGCAGCUGAAUCUAUGCCUCUUUUCCUGGAAUGUGCGAGAGUUCGUGGUCCUGAGUAUCUUACACAGAUGUGGCAUUUUAUGUGUGAUGCUCUAAUCAAGGCCAUUGGCACAGAACCAGAUUCAGAUGUCCUGUCAGAAAUAAUGCAUUAUUUUGCAAAGUGCAUUGAAGUGAUGGGAGAUGGAUGCUUUAAUAAUGAACACUUUGAAGAAUUAGGAGGUAUAUUGAAAGCUAAACUCGAAGAACAUUUUAAAAAUCAAGAAUUGCGACAAGUUAAAAGACAAGAUGAAGACUAUGAUGAACAAGUGGAAGAGUCACUACAAGAUGAGGAUGACAAUGAUGUUUAUAUUCUGACCAAAGUGUCAAACAUUUUACACUCAAUAUUCAGUAGCUACAAGGAAAAGGUGUUACCAUGGUUUGAACAGCUGCUUCCAUUAACUGUCAACCUAAUUUGUCCGCAUAGACCAUGGCCAGACAGACAGUGGGGAUUGUGCAUCUUUGAUGAUGUCACAGAACACUGUAGUCCAGCCUCAUUUAAAUAUGCAGAAUAUUCCUUAAGGCCAAUGCUCCAGUAUGUAUGUGACAACAGCCCAGAAGUCAGGCAAGCAGCUGCAUAUGGCCUGGGAGUCAUGGCUCAGUUUGGUAGAGAUAACUACCAUCCUUUUUGUACAGAAGCACUUACACUGCUGGUGAGAGUUAUUCAGUCUGCUGAUUCUAAGACCAAAGAAAAUGUCAAUGCUACAGAGAACUGCAUUUCAGCUGUAGGGAAAAUCAUGAAGUUCAAGCCCGACUGUGUGAAAGUGGAAGAAGUCCUUCCGCACUGGUUGUCUUGGCUUCCACUACAUGAAGACAAGGAAGAAGCUGUUCAGACUUUCAACUACCUGUGUGACCUGAUUGAAAGUAAUCACCCAAUCGUUCUUGGCCCAAAGAAUACGAAUCUGCUGAAAAUAUUCAGUAUAAUUGCAGAAGGAGAAAUGCAUGAGGCAAUUAAACAUGAAGAUCCUUGUGCCAAAUAUCUGGCUAAUGUAGUUCGCCAAGUACAGACUUCUGGAGGACUGUGGACUGAAUGCAUAGCACAGCUCAGUCCUGAGCAACAGGCAGCCAUACAGGAGCUCCUGAACUCUGCCUGAAGGGCCUUAAUAUUACCACCAGACAACUAACUCCAAAUAAACGUUUACCCUUUUGUUUAG